AAGAUGAAGGAAGGAGUGAGGUAGGGCAGUAGUUGGUGUCGCAUUUAAAAGACCAAAAAGCAACGCAACGCAACGCUCCGCUCUCUGUUUCUCUUCUGCUCUCCAAAGUCGGCUUCUUCCUCACUCCUUUUUUUUCUUUGAUAUUCCAAUGACAGAUAAACUAGUGAACUACAACCCCUAGUCAUUGCACAGGGUGAAUCAAUGGCUAUGUCACUGUGGAGACCUCGCACGGCUUCUUCGGCGCUUAACUUGUUCUCCAAUGCUUUUCGCCAUUUUUCUUCCGAUGUUGCAAAUAGCACUCGUGAUAGUGCUCGCGAGAGUAUGAUGAAUCAAAUGAUGUAUUCUGACAUAAACUCACAAAUUGGGAGUUGCAUGCCGCUGUCUGCAAUGCGAAUUGGAACAAUCAUUCACAACAUUGAGUUGAACCCGGGGCAAGGUGGUAAGCUGGUUAGAGCAGCUGGAACUAAUGCAAAGAUCUUGAAAGACCCCACAUCAGCAUACUGUCUAAUACAACUCCCCUCGGGUGUUAAAAAGUUGAUUGAUUCUCGAUGCAGGGCCACUGUUGGUACCGUCUCUAAUCCAAGCCAUGGAGAUCGCAAGCUUAGGAAGGCUGGACAUAGCCGAUGGCUUGGUCGAAGACCUGUUGUUCGAGGAGUGGCCAUGAACCCUGUAGAUCAUCCUCAUGGUGGAGGAGAGGGUAAGAGCAAGAGUAGUGGCCGAUGGAGCAAAGGAUCUCGCACUCCUUGGGGCAAGCCAACUAAGGGUGGUUACAAAACUGGACCCCUCAAGCGCAGAAAGUAGUUAGGACACAACAUUCUCAUGCUAUGCUUCCUUGUAAUAAAUAAUUGCGGAAACUCUCAUCCAAUUGAUUCCAUUAGGUUCAGCCAAUUUGUGAGAUUAUAUUAUGGGUGCUGAAUUUUGUACUAGUGAAAGUAGAAAUGUUUGCAUUUGCCACUGCAAACUGGGCUUGCACUCAGCUUAUACAACUCCAUUAUUCACUAGAUGAAGUUUGCAAGACAGUCUA